GGUUUGCCGAGUGGCUUUUCUUACUUGGAUUAGUCACCGUAAACUCUUCCUCCCGAGAUGACUUCCAAUUUGCGUUUCGUUAUCGCCUGCGGUUUUAUAGGCCUGGCAUCCUCCCUUAAGCUCCCAAGUUACAUCUCAGCAUGCAGUCGAAACGAUCCAAAAUUAGACGCAUGUGUGGUGCGACAUGGCCAAGCGGCCAUAGCAAAAUUCAUCAACGGUGACAUUAAAUAUAGGGUCCCCUUACUUGAUCCAUUGGAAAUAACGGAGCUAGAUGUUAACCAAGGAUCAAAACAGUUUGGACUCCUCCUGAGGUUACGGAAAGCCAAAAUUCACGGCAUGAAACACGCCUUCUUCAAAGCUGCACGAACCAAUUUAACAGGCAGACACAUUGAAUGGGAUUUUGAAAUUCCCAAAAUAUCAAUUCUGAGUAAGUACGAUGUCUCUGGUCAAGUCCUCAUCCUCCCGAUAUCAGGCUCAGGGAGAGCAAAUAUCACCAUUACUAACCUGGAAAUUACCUACAAAUAUGACUGGGAUUACGUGAAAAAGGCAAAUGGAAAACAAUACAUGAACAUCACAACCAGUAGUCUUCAAUUUGAGAAUGGAAAAACUUAUUUCGAUUUGGAGAAUUUAUUCAACGGGGAUAAACUACUGGGUAAUAACAUGAACUAUUUCCUAAAUGAAAAUUGGAAGGAGAUAACGAAGGAGUUGGGGCCGGCGGUGGGUGACGCUAUUGGAGAAGUUUUCAGAAGAAUGCUGACCAGCAUAGCCGAGUUGGUGCCUUGGGAAUUCAUUUACCCUGACAUUCCUCCAACGAAGGACUAAGAAAAGAUUCUCGAAAAGGACGAAUAUGAGGUACCUGCUCAAUGAAAACUGGAUGCAGAUUAAGGCCAGUUAAAGAGACCACAAGCAACCAGUGCCAGAGAGAUUUCUUGAGGAAUACCGAUCAGCGCCUUAAAAACUAAGUACCCUACCAUUCCUCCAACCAAAGACUGAAACUAUUCUUUAAAAGAGUUUUAUUCUUUUAAAAGCUUUUUCCAAAGAGAAGGAGAAUUUAUGAAUAUCAGCAGAAAGAACUGAGUACCAUUGGUAACUUGAGAGUUAGUAAAAAUACUCUAUCAUAAAUUCAAAGCAAUGACAAUAAAUGAUUGUCCAAAAUAUAUGUUAGUACAAAUUCACGAUAAGUACCUAAGUGAUAAAACUUGAACUAACAAAUACCAAUUCUGUAUUAUUAACAUAUUUCAAUGAUAUUACCUAAAAUUAAUUUUUGGAUGUGAAAUGUGUCUUCAAUUUAUGAACACCAUAAGUAAUACGGGUUCACCUACAUGUAUACAAAUAAUUUAGUUUUUAAGUACCAAAACAGAAGCUUCAAGCAAUAGAUCGAAAAAGCCUGAGCAAGAGAGAUUAAAAGUGAUAUAUUCAAAUAAUGAGACAAAGUGUAAUCCAUUAUUAAAAAUAAAAAACGAACUACUUGUGUGGCAUUGACGACCAUUAAUUCAAACACGGCUGAAGCUCUGUUUCACAAUUAAGAUUACCUGAAUAAUCUUUGUAAAUAGACUUGUAUAAAUGUAUUCACUGAUUGUGUGAGAUAAAAAUGAAUGUUGAAGCAAAAAA